AUGUUUAAUCAAGCCUUUUUAGCCAAAAUUGCGUGGAGAAUAAUCACUGUACCUGAUAGCUUUCUAGCGAGAAUCCUUAUUGGUAAGUACUGCCAUAAGAAAAACUUCCUAGAGGUUGACCUGCCUAAAGUCUGCUCACAUGGGUGGAGAGGGAUCUUGCAAGGAAGAAACCUUCUAAGGGAGAAGCUAGGAAAGGCCAUUGGGAAUGGAAUGACAACAAGAGUUUGGAGGGAUUCAUGGAUGUCCCUUGACGAACAGCUCAAGUUCUGUGGACCUGUACAAGAGGAAGCUUUAGAUCUGAAGGUCUCGGACCUGCUCACAGAUGAUAUGAGGUGGAAUACAGAGAGGAUUGAGAAGUUUGUACCGGAAUUCAAAGAGAAGAUAUUGAGACUCCACCCAAGCCAAGCAGGAGCUGAAGACUGUUUCAUAUGGCACCCUCUCCCCUCAGGUAUCUACACUACAAGAUCAGGGUAUCACUCUGUUGCAUCCAACAAUCAAGAAAGAGUCACAACACUUAACACAAGUGAUUUCAACUGGAUCAAAGACAUAUGGGCCUUACCUUGUUCUCCAAAGAUGAAAACGUUUCUAUGGUCAGUGCUCCGAGAUGCUCUCCCUCUAGGAGAAAACCUGCAGCGUAGAGGCAUUAGUUCAGAUGUGAGAUGCCCAAGAUGUAAGGAAAUUGAAUCGCCAAUACACAUAUUCUUUAUGUGUCCUUUCGCUAAAGAGGUGUGGGCUAAUAUACCUCUAAAAGAAGCAGUUCACAUAGCUGCAACCGAUAACUUCUCUACAGCCAUGAUCCGAUUUCGAUCAUCGGUCUGCCUCCCCCCUACUGGAGUCACAACCACUGUGUUCCUUUGGGUCUCGACAAGGGGUUUAGUGCUAGCAAGAGAAUGGGGAGGAGCACAAUCAAAAGUCCCAAAAUUAACUAGCCAUCCUCAGACUCACCUUCGAUCACUCCCUGACAGAACGGUGGAGACAGAGCUAGUGCUUCCGAACACAACAACGAUCAAGACCGAUGCGGCGUGGGACUCCAACAGAUGCAGGGCCGGUUUGGCAUGGAUCGCUUGGAAUGGUGAAGGGAGAGAGAUCAAGAAAGGAUCUUCAGUACAGGAUCACGUCUCAUCCCCUCUGGCAGCAGAGGCGCUUGCAGUUAGAGAGGGACUCCGUUUGGCCGGGAACCUUGAGAUUUCGAAUCUCAGGAUCUACUCCGAUAACCUAACGCUCAUUGGAGCUAUCAACAACAAGAAGCAGAGGAAGGAAAUUCUGGGAAUCGUCAAAGAUAUCCACCUUCUAGCAUCUGCAUUUGUUUCAAUUUCGUUUCAUCACAUUGGUAGGAAAAACAAUCAGGAUGCCGAUGUCUUGGCAAAACAAACCCUUAGGAUUUCUUUGCUGUAA